GCGGCAACCGUACUAGCCGCUUUGCAGUGAAGUGAGUGAGAAUAAUCGCGAGUGCCGUCAGUAAGAACCAAACCACGGCAUUGAGGGAACGUCUGGCCGUUUCUCAAUAGCGUUCGCGGUUUCAUUCACGACAGUUUACUUAGCGUUAUUAUAUACAUAUUCAAAGAAACGAUUUAAUUAAUCAUUUUAAUAUUUUUAUUAUUAUUUAAUCCGAAAAAUAUCGUGCGAAAUAUAAUUUUACAGCUAAAAGUUUAAAUAAAGUAAAACUAUCAUUGUAACUUACUAAUGAUGUUCAUGUCCAUUAAAAAGCAACACAUGCUGUAAAGACUGCCGGUAACGAGACCUGUUAGUAUUAUAUUUUCUAAACGGUGUCGUGAACUUUAAACAUGAUGAUGGCUAGUGCAAAAUUAGUGCGGGACUGUAGUUCGGACUUGAGCUCCGACGUGAGGUCUCUCUCUGUGGCGUCUUCCACAGAAGAACAGGACUCCUCCACAACGGAGUCCGAAUACACCGAGGAAGAGAAAGAGUACGAGUUAGAAGAUCUCCAGAUUUUAAAAACAAUAGGAACUGGCACAUUCGGCAGAGUGUGCCUAUGCCGUGAUAAAGCGGCUGACGAAUAUUUGGCGAUGAAAAUUUUAUCAAUGGCCGACGUUAUACGCUUAAAACAAGUUGAUCACGUCAUGAAUGAGAAGAAUAUCCUUGCGGAGAUCAAUCACCCUUUCAUAGUAAAUUUACGGUGGUGGACGCAUGACGAUUCCUGUAUAUACAUGCUUUUCGACUACGUGUGCGGCGGAGAGCUGUUCUCUUACUUAAGGAACGCCGGCAGGUUUAGCAAUAGUAUUGGUAAUUUCUACGCCGCUGAAAUUGUUUCAGCGCUAGAAUAUCUGCAUGCGAGGAAUAUCGUAUACCGGGACCUAAAACCGGAGAACUUAUUGCUGGCCAAAGACGGUCACUUGAAGAUAACCGACUUCGGCUUUGCCAAGAAACUGACAGAUCGCACGUGGACUUUAUGCGGUACUCCGGAGUAUUUGGCGCCGGAAAUCAUUCAGAGCAAAGGUCACAACAAAGCUGUUGAUUGGUGGGCUUUAGGCGUACUUAUUUACGAAAUGUUAGUCGGAUACCCCCCUUUCUAUGAUGACAAUCCAUUCGGGAUUUAUGAGAAAAUCCUCAACGGGCGUGUGGAGUGGCCUCGGCAUCUGGACCCUGUAGCCAAGGACAUCAUCAAGAAACUUCUCGUACAAGACAGGACUAAGAGACUUGGAAACAUGAAGUGCGGCACAGAAGACGUGAAAAGGCAUAGAUGGUUCAAACACUUGGACUGGGCUGAUGUGUUUAUGAAGAAAUUACAGCCUCCGAUAUUGCCGUCGGUGUCAUAUGAAGGUGACACGUCAAACUUCGACGAAUAUCCCGAGACGGAUUGGAAAGCGGUCCGGUCACUGGACCCCGACGAGUUGAAACUUUUUGCUAACUUUUGAUCAUCAUGUCAGAAUUUUAUGGUUAAAAUAUAAACAUUAUGUUAAUAGGUAGAUAAUUACACGAUAUGAGGGUAAACUAAAUAAGGUAUCAGUUAAAAAGUAGAAAUGAGUGUAAUUUUAAAAUAAAAAUUAACAUUAAAAUAAUGGCUAGUGGGCAGUUGACAUGAUCAUCGGCUCGUGUGGCAAAGGAGAUACGAGUUGGCUGUUUAAUGCUUCUAUUGAAAACCGUCCUUCGAGUGUAUACCUAUUCAUUAAAUGAGACUGUACUGUUAGAUAAAAAUGUCAAUACUUAUGAUAUAUUUGAAUGAUACCGCGCAUUGAUAAAAGCAGUGUAAUAUAGUAAGUCUUUUAGCUGGGAAAUAGAUGAACAUAAAAGUAAUAAUAAGUUUUAUUUAUUUCCCAGUCAAUGGAUACGUUUGUUGCAGUAUUUUCCUCUUGCUAGUAAUUGUUCGUUAGGUUUAUUAUUAAACAAAUUGUUUUCAAGAUUGUUAAUUUCCAAGAGACGUAGAAAAACAGAUUGUUACCAUCUUACGAUUUGAAAUAAGGCCCUUGUUGGAUUGUAUUGUUUUAGUACAUUAAUAAAUGUUUUGUUGGAAAUCUGUUGUCAGGCUAUUCAAGAAACUAGACAAACUGUAAAUAUUUAUUUAGGUGUAGGCAUGCAUUAUAAUUCCAAUGCUUCCUAGUGCAAAUAGUAGUUUGUAAGUAUUUUAUGAGAUAGUAUUUUGUCGGUUUGGACAAUCAAUGUUUGUGAUUUUUAACUAUAUCUAAUAUUUUAAUUUUAUAAUAGUAUAUUAAUUUAUUUUUCCUAUACAUAAUAAUAUAUUAUUAGAAUAGAUUGAGUAUAAAUUCGAUAAUAACUCCAUCUAGUGAUAAAAGUUGUUAACUGUAAUUUAUACUGAAUCAUACUCGAUUUUUACAAUCUUAUCUAAUAUCUACACUUUUUGAUCUUACGUAUUAUAUAGCUCACGAAAUUAUAGUGUAUGAAAAAAUGUUUUAGAUCUCAUUUACGAUUUCUGAAUUACAAAAUCUUUUAAAGUUAUGAGUACACUGUGCAUGAUGUGAGGUACUCCGAUUUAGGGCCUUCGCACAACGCAAUCUGACAUCAAUUGUCCUCAAAGUGCAUAGUGCAUUGAAAUUUGAUUUUUUUGGUAUCGACAAGAUACGGUACAUUUCGUCUCGGACCUCUGUUGAACGUAGAGUUGAAUCUUCGAUGCUGCGUCGUAACUUGGCUUUGAGUUGAUAUAUUGUGCGAAAGUCUUCGUGUGGUUGGUGUGAUCUACCGCCGUGGUACUUUCUCCCUGUAAUAAGAGUUAUUUUAUAGUUGCACAAUAUUGAAGACUGCCCUUUAUUGAACUACAUUUACAUUAUCAAGCGACUGAUUGUCAAAAACUUGUACGUUCGCCUAUUCGAGCAACCGCCUAUUUGAAUUUAUGGAUUCAACUCCAUGGGUUGAGUCCACCAAUUCAAUGUAAGAAUGCUCUUGAAUCAAUUCUUAAAUACUAAUGAGGUAUCAAAGUACGAGUUUCAACAGUUUUCACAAUACCUUAUAAUAUUUUUAAAUCUUCUGUUGUGUAUUAAUAGUUCUGAGAUUGUGUACCAAUGAAAAUGUCAGUUGUGUAAACUUAAUAGAACUUGCGUAUUAAAAUAAUGUAACAAUUCUGUGCGAAGAUGGUGGACUGUGUAGGGCCUUAUGCUGACGUCACAUUUUAUACGCUUUUCAAACGCUACUAAAACUGCGAUGCAGUCAGGAACAGUGUAUUCACCGAAAACGCCCGUAGGACUUUAAAAAUACGGAUCCUCAGUGUUUAUAAAAUUUGUCACGUGCAUAGGUUAGUUGUUAGUUUACUUUAGAGGACAAGAAUUCUUUAUUAUUCAAUAACUAUUUUUGUACAGUUGCAAAUACAGUUCAUUUUACUUUUACUAAAACACAUUUAUAUUAUUAUAUUCUUAAGAGUUUUAUCUUUGUAUUAUACUAGUGAAUUAUAUUUUCUUAAGCUUAAAUUGAUUAAUAUUAGAAAAUGAUGUGCCGUAACUUUCAAUCAAUACGUACCUAAUUCAUUUUAAAUCAUAUAAAUAUGUUUAUAUAUACAAUAUAGUUAAAAUAAGUUGUGAAAUACACGUGUAAAUUGUAACAGGGUUGUAGGCAAAUUGUGAAAUGAGUCAAAUGUAAAUACGCAAAAUAAAUGUGUCGAGUAACCGAG